AAGAUUUAAAGUCCCCGCCGCAGCCAGAAGCACCGUAGACUGCAGGGUAUGUGACGCACUUAAUGAAGCGUAUCCAGCGUGGACCUGUCAGAGGCAUCUCCAUCAAACUUCAAGAAGAAGAGCGAGAGAGGAGGGAUAACUAUGUCCCAGAGGUCUCUGCUCUGGACCAGGAAAUGAUUGAGGUGGACCCAGACACCAAGGAGAUGCUGAAGUUACUGGACUUUGGCAGCUUGUCCAACCUUCAGGUCACGCAGCCUUCAGUGGGGAUGGCGUUCAGGACUCCAAGAAUCUAAAGUUUAUUUCUGCCAUGUUCUUACAAUAAAAAAAACCCAAAAGGAA